AUGGCCUCGUCGUCCUCCAACGUUGUUGGGGUGCACUAUCGCGUCGGGAAGAAAAUAGGAGAGGGCUCUUUCGGUGUCAUUUUUGAAGGCACCAAUCUACUCAACAACCAACAAGUAGCAAUCAAGUUUGAACCAAGAAAGAGUGAUGCCCCUCAGCUGCGCGAUGAAUACAGGACAUACAAAAUCCUGGUCGGCUGUCCCGGGAUCCCCAAUGUCUACUACUUUGGCCAAGAGGGCCUCCACAAUAUUCUUGUGAUCGAUCUCCUCGGCCCAAGUUUGGAAGACCUCUUCGACCACUGCAACAGACGAUUCUCGAUCAAAACGGUGGUGAUGGUUGCCAAGCAGAUGCUGUCGAGAGUACAGACGAUCCAUGAGAAGAACUUGAUUUACCGCGACAUCAAGCCUGACAACUUCCUCAUUGGCCGGCCAGGGACCAAGGCUGCUAACGUCAUUCACGUCGUCGACUUUGGAAUGGCCAAACAAUAUAGAGAUCCAAAAACCAAGCAACACAUCCCUUACCGUGAACGAAAAUCGCUAUCGGGCACUGCACGUUAUAUGAGUAUCAAUACACAUUUGGGACGAGAACAGUCACGACGAGACGACUUGGAAGCUCUGGGCCAUGUUUUCAUGUACUUUUUGAGAGGCGGGCUACCAUGGCAGGGCCUGAAGGCAGCCACGAACAAACAAAAGUAUGAGAAGAUUGGUGAGAAGAAGCAGACAACAGCCAUCAAGGAUCUAUGCGAAGGGUUUCCGGAGGAGUUUAACAAAUAUCUCAGCUAUGUCCGUAAUUUGGGCUUCGAGGACACUCCGGACUACGACUUCCUUCGGGAUCUGUUCACCCAAGCGCUCAAGAACACGGGCGAGGUGGAGGAUGGUGAAUAUGACUGGAUGAAGUUGAACGGCGGUCGCGGAUGGGAGGCUGUUAAACAACAUCCGUCGCAACUUCAUCUGCACAACACCAAUCCCCCGGCCGAUGCCUCUGCUCGUGCAUUGCACGGGGCUUCUGGCGUCCGAGGUUCAGAUGGUCAACGACCUACGCGAGACCGAGCAGCAAUAUCGGCCGACCGUUUAAACGCAGCGCAGCCCCCGCCCCCAGGGUCACCAGCGAAGCCGGGAGUAGCGGCCAUGGGGAAGAGCGCUCGAGAUCGCACAAGCGGCGCCGCCGGGGGCAAUCUCCCAAAGAGAAGCAGUGGCCUAGCGGGCCAACUGGACAUGAACACGCCUCCAGCAAGUACUCAGGCGCAGUUCCAAAACAGCAACGCCAACUUGGUGAACCAGCAGGCGAGGACGAGCCCCGCGACAGGGGCCUUGCAGAAUAACCAGGGCCGAACCACACAACAACAGGAACAGCAACCAGGGUUUUUCCAGAAGAUGAUGAAGGUGCUUUGUUGUGGUAUGUGA